GAGGACCUUGAUGAAUGGAGACCACAUUCUGCAUCAGAUUGCCACCUCUACCAUCCACUCCAAGCGUGGGAAUCCGCAGGCGAACGAAAUCAAUGGCGACUGCGGGCGUCGACGAAUUGAAGCCACCAUCCUUAACUUCCACUUCCGAUCCCCCUCCCCUCUUCGACGGAACCACCAGGUUAUACACCAGUUAUGUGUGCCCGUUUGCACAACGGGCAUGGAUUGCUAGGAACUACAAGGGACAACAAGACAAUAUCAAAUUGGUUCCUAUAGACCUUCAAAACAGGCCUGCUUGGUACAAGGAGAAAGUCUACCCUGAGAAUAAGGUGCCAUCACUGGAGCACAAUGGCAAGGUUUUGGGAGAAAGUCUUGAUUUGAUCAAAUAUAUUGAUGCCAAUUUUGAAGGGCCGGCUCUGUUUCCCGACGAUCCUGCCAAGAAAGAGUUUGGUGAGCAGUUGUUAUCAUAUAGUGAUACAUUCAUCAGAGAUGUGUACUCUUCACUGAAAGUAGAAGAUCCUGUAAAGCGAACCAGUCCUUCUUUUGAUUAUUUGGAGAAUGCUCUUGGUAAAUUUGAUGACGGCCCAUUCUUCCUUGGCCAAUUUAGUGGGGUGGAUGUGGCCUAUGCUCCAUUCACUGAAAGAUUCCAGAUCGUCUUCUCCGAGGUUUUCAAACAUGAUAUUACAGAAGGAAGGCCCAAACUGCGGGCAUGGUUUGAGGAGCUGAACAAAAAUGAUGCGUAUGUGAAGACGAAAGCUGACCCUCAGGAACUCCUGGACAUUUUCAAGAAACGUUUUUUGGCACAGCAGUGAACAACGAAUGGCAGCAGACGAUUAAGAUGUAGUAGAAUAUAGCUGCUAUAGUUUUCAAUCUAAUCUGGAUCUGUUUAUGUGGUCGAUAUGAAUAAAUUUCGUAGCCAUGUAUCCACGCCGGCUUAUGGAGUUAUGGUCAGCUUUGUAUUUUUUCCCACUAUUAGUAUUAUCGCAUAAAAUGGCAGAUCUGAUCUGACAUAGUGUGCUUGUGCGAUGUGUCAAUGCAGUUGUUAAAUAAAAAUUGUAGUUGUUUUGGAGAGGGCAGAUU